UGGUCGAGGCUCGGGUUCGGCGGCACCCGCGCCUCGACUUCCCAGCCGGGAGGUCAUGGGAAGCGGAGAUCGGAAGCUCAUAGUUACUUAGUACUGUAUGAGGACACCCUCGGCACCAACGCUCUGGAGCACGCUUUGGUGGUUUCCAUCCCCAAGACAGUGCCGAAUUGGGCCUCUGCCGUGGACCUGCCUCGUCACUCGUGCAUACCACUACGAGGGGGAGUGCCUCUCAGCAGCAUCACUCUGUACAUCUCACCUUCCGUUCACGGCAUGGUGGUGCGUUCGGGAGACGCGCAUUAUGGCUGGCGGUAUCAACUCCUCUCGCAAGCCUGCAACGGCCAAGUGCCCCAUCAUCCUGUUCAUUACACCAGCCUGGCCAAUGACUCCGUCCAGAUGCGUGAUCGAGUCUGCGCCCUGUCAAGCACAACAGCGUGGGCGGAUCCAUCUGCUGCGCGCUGGCGUCCUGCAGCAUCGAAUCUGCAGGCGCCAGUAAACAGGUUGGCGAUCAUAGCAUCAUGGCUUGUAAGGAUGAAAGUGCAAUGAGCCGUGUCCUUGUUCCGUCAUGUUCCCCCUUU